GCGGCCGCCCUCGGCCCGACGUGCACCGCGGCCGCAAAAUGGCGGCGCCCGGCGAGGGCCGCCGCGGCGCCGCGCCCUUCCCGGGCACCGAGAGCGGCCGCUUCGCUUUCCCCUUCCCGGUCCCGCCCGGCGCCGCCGGCUCCGAGGCGCAGGAGCCGCCCAGGAAGCCGUGCCGGGCCUGCACGGACUUCAAGAGCUGGCUGCGCGAGCAGAGGAGGCAGGCGGCGGGCGGCGCGGACGCCGUCGCCGUCGCCGAGGAGAAGGAGCCGCCGCCGGACUGUCCCCUGGACAGCGAGCAGCUGGGCCGCAGCACCUGGGCCUUCCUGCACACCAUGGCAGCCUACUACCCCGAGCAGCCCACCAGCGCCCAGCAGCGGGACAUGAGGCAGUUCAUCAACCUCUUUUCCAAGUUUUAUCCCUGCGAGCAGUGUGCCGAAGACCUGAGGGAAAGUGUACUUUGUGCUGUUCAACAUGUGCCUGUCCCAGUCUGGGCAGAUGAGCUGGCAAAGUGUUUCAGAAAGGCAGAAGAAAGGCCCAAAAGGAUGGAAGGAAGUGUCUUGUCCAAUGUCACUGGAAAACCAAGAAGACCCCAGAGCUCUAGAUGGUUCCCUGUGCAGGAGCCCCAAGAGCACAGUGCUGCCCUGUGUGAGCCCUACCGUGGCUUUUCUGCAUGUCAUCGAUUUUCUCAGUGUCUGUCCAUAGCCCUCAACUUACGUGGACUGAUCCCGUUGCACUGGUGCCCGAGUGGUGCUGUACAACGUGUUGGGACAAAGUACUCUUGCGGGCUUUGAAAAAUCCAUUUCUGAAGGACAAAAUGAAUCUGCAGAACAUGGUUGGGGGUUUUUUUUGAAUUCCACUGAAGGCAAUUCCCCUACUAAUUGUGACCAACCAUGGCUUCUUACCACAUCACUCCCGGCAGCAGCUCUUCCCCCUGCGUUUGCAAAGAGCAGGAGCAGCAGGAGCAGCCACUGCAGAGCAUUAGCAGAUCGCCAGCCCGAACCUCACGAGCCUGAAGCAGCGCAGUAGCCGUGCGCGCUGGCGGUGCCGCCUGGCAGCCGGGGCUCUGCAACGUCCCUUCUCAUGACGGUGACCAGCUGGACUUUAAAUGCAGACAAAAAGACCAAGGAAUCCCAGUACAACAAGCAAGAAACUCGGGCGCCCACGAAGCGAGGCAGCCGAGCCCCUCCGUCCGCCUGGGGCGUCGCGGCUGUACGGGACGCGGGCUCGCGGGGCGAGGUGAGGAGCGUGCUGAGCUCCCGCGGCCGUCCCGCGUGCUGGAGGCCCUGCAGCACCUGCCAGCCCUCCCGGAGCAGGGCUGGCCUUGCCUUGCCUCCGUAAAUAUUUCUGGGCUGGUAGAUACAGGAGUUUUUUUUUUUUUUUUCCCCUGAAGCAUUAAAAUGAUUUU